AUGAAUCAAAGCAGUGAAGGAUGUAUGAAAAAGAUUGGCAAUGUGAAUAUUGACAAACUUAUAAAUGACUUCUCACAGAUAGAAAAGAGAAUGAUAGAAACCAGUGGAAAGAACAAUAUACUGGAUAUGCAGUUGGAAAAAGCUAACUGUUUAUUGAAAGUAAUGCAAACAAAGGAGGUCACAAUUAAAGAAGGUGAAAAUGAACAACUAAAAAGAAAUGCUGAUCUUAUAAAAGAAAAGUUAAAAACUCAUGAACAGGAAUAUAAGAAUAGUAUUGCCAAACUUAUGAGUGAAAUGAAAAUCAAAGAGGAGGGACAUAAGACAGAAAUAACAAAACUUUAUCAAGAUAUGCAGAAAAAAGUUGAAUUAAGUGAAGAAAAGAAUAAAGAACUGAUAGAGAAAAAGGAGGUGGAAAUUUCAGAGUUAAAUGCAAAGUUAAGAACUCAAGAAAAGGAAAAACAAAAUGAAAUAAUCAAACUACAGCUAGAGUUUGAUGCCAAACUAGCAAGAGUUCAAACUAAAUCAAAAUCAUAUCCAGAUUCUACAGUUUUGCCACACAGUAUCUACAGAAGGAAGCUUCAGCAUCUUCAAGAAGAAAAAAACAAGGAGAUUGCAACUCUUCGUAAUACCAUUCACGAUUUAGAGCAACGCCUCUCUGUUAGCAAAGAUUCUCAAUUUAAACUUGCUGGCAAAGAUUAUCACUUUAAGCGUAGACGGUUUUGA